AUGGCAGAGCCCAGUAGCCACAAGCCAUUCUUGGCCUCACCAGCUAUCGAAGAUCCGGUGCAGAUAGAGCUGGUCUCAUCGCAUGCAGAAUCGUUGACAUGCAGAGUCAAAAACGAUCUGGCAUAUGCAGUCGAGGUGAAACUUGAGGACUCCGAUGUGUGGGAAGUGCUGUAUCCCACCUGCUGCCUCGAGUUGGACGCAUCCUCUGACCUCCAAGUGUCGGUCCGGCUCAGGGAUGAUGCGGAAAUCAGAGGGGUUUGCGAAACCGCACGACCUGGCAUAACCCUGUGCACUUCUACGGAUUUUGGACCUUUCUAUGUUGCGGCGGCCACAUUCAUCAUCGAUGAAAAAACGGCAGCUCUACGGGAGGCUGUACUGCGAGAGGACCGUAAACGAGAGAUGGGCAGAGCACUGACCCGAAGUGUAGACAGGGCAUGGGUUCGAACGAAGAGCGAGAUGAUGUACAUGCUCGCCGUUGUCGCCACGCUGCUGUUGGCACUCAUGAUCUUCUGCACGGUCUGGGCUUUCCGAGAGGAGCGCCAGCUACAGGCUGCAGGGCUUGGCCUGGCAGCAACACUGCUGUGCUGCUGCACAUGCGGGGCAAUGGACGGCUCAGCCCGGUCAGGUCAGGCCGACAUGGAAAGCGUCAGAGCUGUUCGGCCGAGCCUGGCGGGCGUCGGGCGAUCCAACGCCGAAUAUUUCGAGCCAUCUCAAACGCUUUACUUACUUUACAUCUGUUUGUUUGUCAUCAGCUGCAUCUGCACGGCUGCCAUGACAGUGGCCUUCCGCAUGAAAGGCUUCGUGUGGCAGAUCGUGCUCCUUUGGCUGUUUCCACUGGUGGCGGGAUGCUGCUUCUGUUGCAACCUGGAGGACCAACGACGAGCCUGUUGUUGCCUUUCUUGGCCUGAGCUCCUGGCAAGGUGGGUCGGCUGCCACCGAGUCAUCGCUAAGCUGAAGCGGCCCGGGAAGGAGGCCCUUCAACGUGCCAUCUUGGACACGAACCAGAAGACGAUCGUGUUCGAGGGCAACGUGAUCCCUGGCCGGAACACAGUGAGUUCCUGGCCAGGCAAGUAUGAAUCAGCCUGGGACACCUUGGUGAAGCGUAGUCGUCAAGAUGGCCUCAGCGCAGCCGUGGUCUUCCUGCCUCAGGGUUCCGAGCACUUCGGUGUCCAUGACGAAAUACCGAAGGAGGAUGCGAACGGUUUGCCGCCUCACCUCACAAGAGGAUGCUGGUGCAUCCCCUUGUACGGAGAAGAGAAACCGUGGGGGUGCCGCUGGUGGUCCCGAUGGAUUGAGAACAUUGAGCGCGCGGUCGAGCAAGGUGCCACCCUGGAAGUGUAUUACUUUAACAAGAUGGUCGGCAAGGGAAAAGUUCAGAGUUUCAUCACAGCAGGUGAAGAACACCUGCGGCGAGAAGAGAUAUUCAAUCGAAAGUCUGAUUUCAAAAAAUCUGAUAGUUUUCUGCAAGCCUUACAAGCUGGCCUUGGGAAGCUGCCCACGGACAAAGGGCCAGACUCAUCUUCUCCUUACAGCCGUGAAGAGCAUCGUCUCUUCCUGUCUUGGCUUCCAGAGCAGGAUCGGAGAUUCCUCGAAGAGUCCGAAGGUCUCGGGAAUUCACAGAAAGCCGAGGUCGCAUGGCUGGAGAGGAAAGGCUAUGACUACGUUGAAAAGGAGGUCGACGCGUUGGCCCCAACAGGUCCAGCCACACCUGCGACGUCAAGCAGCGUCCCUUCUGAUUCGCCGGGGACGUCAUGCAGCGCUUGA